UCUCAUCCAUGCAAGAAUCCCAUUUCUCUAUCUCUCCUCUCUUUCUUUUGUUUUCUUUAGCUAAGAGAAGCUAAGCUCUUAGCAACUUAGAAAUCCUCACAGGAGGUUCACUUGCAGCGAUUGAGCUAAGUUAAUCAGCAGAUACUGAAGAAGAAGAAGAAGUAGAAGAAGAAGAGAGCAAGUGCGUAUACGUAGCUACCAGUUCAAGCACACCAUGCCUCCUCGAAGAUAUAUAUUUGGGAGGACAGAAGAGGCCACCCAUCCAGACUCUAUCAGAGCCACAUUAGCUGAAUUCGUCUCCACUCUCAUCUUUGUCUUUGCUGGCGAAGGCUCCGUCCUUGCUCUGGGUUUGUAUCUAAUAAAAGCUAAUCCAUUCCAUAUUUUUCUUGCAAGCUAUAAAAAAACUCCUUUGUGUUGUGCAGAGAAAUUAUAUAGGGAAACAGGUCCACCGGCUUCAGGACUAGUGAUGAUUGCACUUGCGCAUGCAUUGGCACUGUUUGCUGCUGUAGCAGCUAGCAUCAACAUAUCAGGUGGCCAUGUCAAUCCGGCUGUUACUCUUGGAGCUCUUGUUGGAGGAAGGAUUUCGGUCGUUCGCGCUUUCUAUUACUGGAUCGCUCAGCUUCUUGGUUCUAUUGUUGCUUCUCUCUUGUUGAGGCUUGUCACUAAUGGGAUGAGACCGGAAGGAUUUCAUGUUACAGCAGGAGUUGGAGAGGUUCAUGGGCUUAUAAUGGAGAUUGUAAUGACAUUUGGACUGGUUUACACAGUUUAUGCAACAGCAAUUGAUCCCAAAAGAGGAAGUUUAGGAAUCAUUGCCCCUCUAGCCAUCGGUUUAAUAGUUGGGGCUAACAUUUUAGUGGGAGGUCCUUUUGAUGGUGCGGCAAUGAAUCCAGCAAGAGCAUUUGGGCCUGCGCUGGUCGGAUGGAGAUGGAGUAACCACUGGAUUUACUGGGUUGGUCCUUUCAUUGGAGGAGCCCUGGCUGGUCUCAUUUACGAGUACAUGGUCAUCCCAACAGAGCCGCCACUACAUCAUACCCAUCAGCCUCUGGCUCCUGAAGACUACUAAAUCCUUUGGUUACAAGUUAAUUAAUUCUGCUUAGACAAACGAUUUCUUUUCUUUAGUUGUUUCUUCAUAUACUUGUCUUGUGUUUCUGCUUUCUUCUACCUUUCUUCUGUUUCUUGUCUUGUCAAGUGCUGCUUUGGUCAUGGAUAUAGUAGUAAAUAAAAUGUACGUCUGACUCUGUUUCACUGUAUUUUAUCCCAUACUGAUAGUGUCGGCAAUAAAAUUGUGGCCUUUAGGCCUUCCAUUA